AUGGUCGGCAUCGCGUUUAUCGAAAAGGUGCUGAAUCUGGACGAGCGGGGACAGUACCGGAUUGUCACUUGCGGGGAAGAGGAACACCUCGCGUACAAUCGUGUCGCCCUUACCGACUUUUUCCAACAUCGCUCCGUCGAGAAACUCUACCUAAACUCAGCACAAUGGUAUGCGGAGCAGGACCCAGACCGUUUCACCUUCCACGUCGGCGAGGCGGUCACCUCAAUCGACUCCGAGGGCCACAACGUCACCACUGACAAAGGCAGAGUGAUCAACUAUGACUACUGUGUACUCGCUACUGGCUCCUCCGCAACAGUCCCUAGCUACGUCGACGUCAACAUCCCAGGAGUAUUCGUCUACCGAAACAUCUCCGACAUGAACAGGCUCCUCGCGUAUGCCGACAAGGACGACAUCAAAGGAAGCAAAGCGGCCGUGAUCGGAGGCGGUCUGCUCGGCCUCGAAGCUGCCAAGGCAGUCUACGACCUCGACACCAUCGGCGACGUCGCCAUCAUACACCGCCAGGCAUACCCGCUCUCGCGCCAGCUCGACGCGCACGGCGGCGAGAUCGUCCGCCGGCGCAUCGAGGCCCUCGGCGUUGCCUUCCUCGGCAACACGUCCAUCGCGCGCAUCGAGACCGACGCCUCAGGCACCCUUUCCGCACUCCACCUCUCCGACGGGACGGCGCUCCCGUGCCGCGUCGCGAUCUACUCCAUCGGGAUCACGCCGCGCGACGAGCUCGCGCGCGCAAGCGGGAUCCGGUGCGUGCCCGCCGCGCACGGCGUCGUCGUGGACGACCUGCUGCGCACGAGCGCGCCCGACGUGUUCGCGAUCGGCGAGUGCGCGAGCUGGCGCGGGAACACGUACGGGCUGAUCGCGCCCGGCGUCGAGAUGGCGGACAUCCUCGCGUUCAACUUCACGCAGACGGAGACCGCCGUGGGCGGCUUCCGGCCGAGGCAGAUGAACAACCCGGACUUGUCGACCAAGCUCAAGCUCAUGGGCGUCGACGUCGCUUCGUUUGGGGAUUUCUUUGCGGAGCAACGCCAGCCAAAGACCCUCACGAAGACCUCUGUGUCGCUGCCCGCGCAAACAUCCACAGAAGCAGAAUCCGUCUCGAUCACUCGCGAGAAGACCAGCUCAGGCAAGAGCGUCUGGGAGGUCACCGCACCGUCCACAGAGGCAUCGUUAACAGUCACCAAGGAGGCCAGUCAAACAACCUCUGACAGGCCAAGAUCGCCGUCGGAGAAGCCAAUUCGAGAUGCAUCGUCGCCCAAGAAACGGCGUCACGGCGUCGCUGCGGCAGCGGAAGGUCCGAUCGAGACCCUGACGUACCGUGACCCCUUCGCUGGUGUGUACAAGAAGUACAUCUUCAGCGGCGACGGAAAGUACCUUCUCGGAGGCAUGAUGGUCGGCGAUACGUCUGACUACAUCAAGCUCGUCGCCCUCGUCAAGAAAAAAAAAGCCCUAGACGUCCCGCCCUCGCAGUUCAUCCUCGGCAAUGGCAAGAAUCAGGACGACGCCGGCGCUGACCUCGACGAUGAUGCCCAGAUUUGCAGCUGCCACAACGUGACCAAGGGCGACGUUGUCCAGUGCAUCAAGAACGGCGCUCAGACUCUGAACGACGUGAAGAACAAGACCAAGGCGGGGUCUGGAUGCGGAGGAUGCGUGCCAUUCAUGACGAGCCUUUUCAAGGCGGAGAUGAAGAAGGCUGGGAACGCCGUCAGCAACAACCUCUGCCCGCAUUUCGCCCUGUCCCGCGCUGAUCUGUUCAACAUUGUCAAGAUCAAACAGCUGAAGACGUUCCCGCUCGUCAUGGAGGCGGCCGGCGUGCGCAAGGACUCUGUCGGCUGUGAGCUUUGCAAGCCGGUCGUGGGGAGCAUUCUGUCCUCGCUGUGGAACGAGCACGUCAUGAAGCCGGUGCACCAUGCAAAUCAGGAUACGAACGACCGCUUCAUGGCCAAUAUUCAGAGAAAUGGAACGUUUUCCGUCGUCCCACGAAUUGCUGCAGGCGAAAUCACGCCCGACAAGCUGAUAGCCAUUGGUCAAGUCGCCAAGAAAUAUGGAUUGUACACCAAGAUCACCGGCGGCCAGCGUGUGGACAUGUUCGGGGCUCAGAAGGCCGACUUACCUUCCAUAUGGAAGGAGCUCAUCGAUGCUGGCUUCGAGAGCGGGCAUGCUUAUGGUAAGGCCUUGCGUACUGUCAAGUCGUGUGUCGGCACGUCAUGGUGUCGCUACGGCGUUGGCGACUCUGUAGCUCUUGCUGUGCAGCUCGAGGACCGCUAUAAGGGCAUCCGGUCACCGCAUAAACUCAAGGGCGGCGUGAGCGGGUGUAUCCGUGAAUGUGCCGAAGCCCAAGGCAAAGACUUCGGGUUGAUUGGAACAGACAAGGGCUGGAAUAUCUUCAUUUGUGGCAACGGUGGUGUCACCCCACGACAUGCCACGUUGUUUGCCAACGACGUACCGCCGUCCAAGGUAAUCACAAUCCUUGAUCGCUUCCUUAUGUUCUACAUUCGCACGGCGGAUAAACUCAUGCGGACCGCCCGUUGGCUGGAUGAGAUGGAAGGGGGAAUCGAGAAACUGAAGCGGAUCCUCCUUGAUGACGAGCUCGGUAUCUGCGCAGACCUCGAGCGCGAGAUGCAGGAGCUUGUAGGCACGUACUACGAUGAAUGGAAAGCUGUCGUAGACGACCCGGAGCGACAGAAGCAAUUCCGGCAGUUCGUCAACACCGAUGAGCGGCGUCCACAAGUAGAGGACAUUGUCGAGCGUGGACAACCUCGCCCUGCCAACUGGGCCAAGAGCUUCCCUGCCACCCACAUUCGUGAAAGCGCAAUCAAGACUCCAAAGACCGAGUGGAAGUGGAGGAAGAUGGCCAAGCUGCAAGAUCUCACCCCGAGCGAUGCGGGUACAACGUCUGCCGCAGUCAAGUACGGCGAUAGUCAGCUCGCUAUUUUCCACGUCCCCCGGCGAGGAUACUUCGCUACGCAGCAGAUGUGCCCGCACAAACGAGCCUUCGUCCUGGAGCAUGGAAUCGUUGGUGAUGACCCGUCAACAGGAGCACUUUAUGUAUCAUGUCCCAUGCACAAGCGUAAUUUCACACUGAAGUCAGGCGCAUGCCUCAACGAUGAUGCGUACAGCAUUCUCUCUUUCGAUGUCAUGGUUGAGGGCGACGAUGUUUUGUUACUCCUCCCCGAAGCGGAAGAAUUGGACUCAGUGAUCGGCACGAGCAAGUGGAUGGUCCGCCAUGCAACAGCAGCACUCGUCGACGGUGGUGUAGAGAUCGUCGGACCGGAGGAGGGCGGCUGUGGCGGGAUGGACAAAAAGCUAGAUUGGUGA